AUGGCUAACACAACACAGGCACAUUUGCUUAUUCGCAGCAUUCAGACACAAACCCGUGAUAUUGGAUACAAAUGCUUUGGGUCCAAUUUAACAGAUGACAUCAUCUAUUGCCUCAGUCUGUUCAUCUGCAUCUUUGGCCUGCUGGGGAAUGGGAUUGUCAUUUGGUUUCUCCAACUAGACACCAGGAAGAAUCCACUCCUCCUUUAUAUCCUCAGCUUAGCAGUUGCUGACCUUUUCUUUCUCUUUUUGCGCCUGUUUAUCACAUAUUUCUUUUUUGCGCAGUAUUUUGUCACCCACAUCUUUCCCUGGUGUGAGCCGAUGCCCAUACUGAGCAAGAUGGACAUGUCCCCAUUCAGCAGUGGCAUGUAUUUCCUCACUGCUAUCAGUGUUGAGCGGUGUCUCUGUGCGCUGUGCCCAUUCUGGUACCGCUGCUUCCGCCCUGCAUGGUUGUCUAGCACUGUGGCGGCUGUGCUGUGGUCUGCUGACAUCCUGCUGUUUGGGCUGGACAUUUAUUCUUUAAGUAACGGAACAGUGUGUGACAAAAUGCAACAAAACAUCUCUCUUGUCAACCUCGCCUUCUUCACCCCUAUCAUGAUUCUGUCUAGCCUGACCCUGUUCAUAAAGGUCAGGUUUUGUUCUCUGCAGCGUCCGACAGGACGCCUCUGUAAAACUAUCUUGCUCACAGUUCUUGUGUUUGUUGUUUUCAGUGUUCCUCUCAAUGUGCACCACAUAGCCUCUGAUUAUGAACUCUCCAGUGUUUUUUACAUGCUUGCCUGUAUCAAUAGCAGCAUCAACCCUGCCAUUUAUUUUCGGGUAGGUUUCUGUAGAGAGAGAUGGUUCAGGGAGCCUCUCCAGUUCAUCAUCCAGAGGUCCCUAACUGAGGAGAACGAGGCCGAGGAGGAAAGGAAUGUCUGCUGCAGUACUGAUAGAGACAUAGCAAACAGCCAAGUUGAAGCCCCUAACGCUAGUGUAGCCAGUGUGAAGCCAGUGGGCAUAACUGGGCCAGUGAUGACUUCCUCAGGUGAUUGUGGAAUCUCUGUGCUCUCCUCACAGCUUUAG